GAAAUACUGGAUAGAUCCCACAAUGGAGGACGGGAAGCCCGUUUGGGCUCCACACCCAACUGAUGGGUUUCAGAUGGGCAUGAUUGCAGACAUUGGUACUGACAACUUAACUAUUGAGCCUCUGAAUCAGAAAGGCAAGACUUUCCAGGCUGCUAUCAAUCAAGUGUUUCCUGCUGAAGAGGACAGCAAAAAGGAUGUGGAAGAUAAUUGUUCCCUGAUGUAUUUAAAUGAAGCCACUCUCCUUCACAAUAUCAAAGUUCGGUACAGUAAGGACAGAAUUUAUACAUACGUAGCCAACAUUCUCAUUGCAGUGAAUCCGUAUUUUGAUAUACCCAAGUUUUAUUCUUCAGAUACUAUUAAAAAGUACCAGGGUAGAUCGCUUGGGACGUUGCCACCACAUGUUUUUGCUAUUGCUGAUAAAGCAUACCGUGAUAUGAAGGUACUCAAGAUGAGUCAGUCCAUCAUAGUUUCUGGAGAAUCAGGAGCUGGCAAGACAGAAAAUACUAAAUUUGUUUUGAGGUAUUUGACAGAGUCCUAUGGUACUGGCCAAGACAUUGAUGAUAGAAUUGUAGAAGCAAAUCCACUAUUGGAAGCCUUUGGAAAUGCAAAGACCAUUCGCAACAACAAUAGUAGUCGUUUUGGGAAAUUUGUGGAAAUUCACUUCAAUGAAAAGAACUCUGUGGUUGGUGGAUUUGUAUCGCAUUAUCUUCUGGAGAAAUCUAGGAUCUGUGUGCAAGGCAAAGAAGAGAGGAAUUAUCAUAUCUUUUACAGGCUUUGUGCUGGUGCUCCAGAAGACAUUAGGGAAAAACUGUAUCUAAGUUCUCCUGACAGCUUUAGGUAUUUAAAUCGGGGCUGUACCAGGUACUUUGCUAACAAAGAAACAGACAAGCAGAUUUUGCAAAAUCGCAAGAGUCCUGAGUAUCUUAAGGCAGGUUCCUUGAAGGACCCACUCUUAGAUGAUCAUGGAGAUUUCAACAGAAUGUGCACAGCAAUGAAGAAGAUUGGACUGGAUGAUGCAGAAAAACUUGAUCUUUUUAGAGUAGUGGCUGGUGUCCUUCACCUUGGAAAUAUUGAUUUUGAGGAAGCUGGGAGCACUUCAGGGGGCUGCACGCUGAAGGCGCGGAGCCAGACGGCGCUGGAGUGCUGCGCGGCGCUGCUGGGGCUGGACGAGGACGACCUGCGCGGCAGCCUGACCACGCGCGUCAUGCUCACCACGGCGGGGGGCGCCAAAGGCACGGUCAUCAAGGUACCCUUGAAAGUGGAACAAGCAAACAAUGCUCGUGAUGCCUUGGCUAAAACGGUGUAUAGUCAUCUCUUUGACCACGUGGUGAACAGGGUGAACCAGUGUUUUCCAUUUGAGACUUCUUCUUUCUUCAUUGGAGUUCUAGAUAUUGCUGGUUUUGAAUACUUUGAACACAACAGUUUUGAACAAUUCUGUAUCAACUACUGUAAUGAAAAACUGCAGCAAUUUUUUAAUGAAAGAAUUCUGAAAGAGGAACAAGAACUUUACCAAAAAGAAGGCCUGGGGGUUAAUGAAGUGCGCUAUGUAGAUAAUCAGGACUGUAUAGAUUUGAUUGAAGCAAAAUUAAUAGGUGUUCUGGAUAUUUUGGAUGAAGAAAAUCGUCUUCCCCAGCCAAGCGACCAACAUUUUACUUCAGUUGUGCACCAAAAACACAAGGACCAUUUCAGACUCUCUAUCCCUAGAAAGUCUAAAUUGGCUGUUCACAGAAAUAUCAGAGAUGAUGAAGGCUUUAUUAUACGGCAUUUUGCAGGAGCAGUAUGCUACAAGACGACACAAUUUGUGGAAAAAAAUAAUGAUGCUUUGCACAUGUCCCUUGAAUCUCUCAUAUGUGAAUCCAAGGACAAGUUUGUUCGACAGCUGUUUGAAUCUAAUACCAACAACAACAAGGAUCCCAAACAAAAAGCUGGAAAACUUAGUUUCAUCAGUGUGGGAAACAAGUUCAAGACUCAGUUAAAUUUGCUUCUUGAGAAGCUUCACAGUACUGGAUCUAGCUUUAUUCGGUGCAUCAAACCUAACUUAAAGAUGACAAGUCACCAUUUUGAAGGGGGGCAGAUCCUCUCUCAGCUUCAAUGUUCAGGAAUGGUGUCUGUUCUGGACUUGAUGCAAGGUGGUUUCCCUUCGCGAGCUUCAUUUCAUGAACUGUAUAAUAUGUACAAGAAAUACUUGCCUGAAAAAUUGGCACGACUGGAUCCUAGACUCUUUUGCAAAGCACUGUUUAAAGCUUUGGGACUGAAUGAAGUAGAUUACAAAUUUGGGUUAACCAAGGUGUUUUUCAGACCCGGCAAGUUUGCAGAGUUUGACCAGAUAAUGAAGUCUGAUCCGGAUCACUUAGCAGAGCUAGUUAAACGAGUGAAUCACUGGCUUAUCUGCAGUCGUUGGAAAAAAGUUCAAUGGUGUUCACUCUCAGUGAUCAAAUUGAAAAAUAAGAUAAAAUACCGAGCCAGUGCCUGCAUCAAAAUACAAAAGACUAUUCGUAUGUGGCUUUGUAAGAGAAAACACAAACCACGCAUUGAUGGUCUGAUAAAGGUGCGUACACUGAAGAAGAGACUUGAUAAAUUUAAUGAAGUAGUAAGUGCUCUGAAGGAGGGAAAAGCAGAAACAAGCAAGCAGAUCAAGGAGCUGGAAUAUUCUAUUGAUGCUUCAAUGACCAAAAUUAAGACCACUAUGAUGACUAGAGAACAGAUCCUGCAAGAAUAUGAUGCUCUAGUUAGAAGCUCUGAGCAGCUUCUGAGUGCACUGCAGAAGAAGAAACAGCAAGAAGAGGAAGCAGAGAGGCUACGACGCAUCCAAGAGGAAAUGGAAAAAGAACGAAAGAGACGUGAAGAGGAAGAGCAGCGCCGAAGGAAGGAAGAAGAAGAAAGGCGUCUGAAAUCUGAGAUUGAGGCAAAGAGAAAACAGGAAGAGGAAGAAAGGAAAAAGAGGGAAGAGGAAGAAAAGCGAAUUCAGGCUGAAAUUGAGGCUCAGCUAGCUAGAGAACGAGAAGAGGAAACCCAGCACCAGGCAGUUCUUGAACAGGAACGUCGUGAUCGUGAACUUGCAAUGAGAAUUGCCCAGACUGGAGCAGAACUCAGCACUGAAGAGACAAAGCUUGAUGUAGGAUUGUGCAGAGCCAAUGGAACAAAGCCUCAAAUGACUGCGGAACAAAUGGCCAACGAAAUGUCAGAAAUAUUGUCUAGAGGUCCUCAAGUUCAAGCUACAAAAGCUGCUGCUGGUACAAAGAAGCAUGAUCUCAGUAAAUGGAAAUAUGCAGAGCUUCGUGAUACCAUCAAUACAUCCUGUGAUAUCGAACUACUGGCGGCUUGCAGAGAAGAGUUUCAUAGAAGGCUAAAGGUGUAUCAUGCUUGGAAAUCCAAGAACAAGAAACGCAAUGCAGAAACAGAACAACGUGCUCCCAAAUCAGUCACAGAUUAUGAUUUUGCACCAUUUUUGAACAACUCAACUCAACAGAACCUGACAACCCAGCUACAAGCCAGGCAGCAGGAGAUUGAAAUAAACAGACAACAGCGUUACUUCCGCAUUCCCUUUAUUCGUCCCAUGGACCAAUACAAAGACCCCCAGAACAAGAAGAAGGGUUGGUGGUAUGCACAUUUUGAUGGGCCAUGGAUUGCUCGACAGAUGGAACUUCAUCCUGACAAGGCACCCAUUCUCCUCGUAGCUGGUAAGGAUGAUAUGGAUAUGUGUGAGCUUAAUCUUGAAGAGACUGGCUUAACUCGAAAGCGAGGUGCUGAAAUUUUGCCGAGACAGUUUGAAGAAAUUUGGGAGCGCUGUGGAGGUAUCCAGUAUCUUCAAAAUGCAAUUGCAAGCAGACAAGCUCGUCCUACGUAUGCUACAGCUAUGCUGCAGAACCUAUUGAAAUAAGUGGUCAUUUUGCACAGUGGUAUGUGAGAUGAGAACCCUUGCCUGUGAUACAAAGGGAAGAGUUCCUUUAUGCAGCAGAGGACGUAAACGUUCUAUAAUCAUAUUAGAGAUGUUUAAUAUAAAGUGAACAGAUUUUAUUAAUCAUGUGGUUUGUUAAUUUGUAAUGUAUGAUGUUUAAUUUGGGUAGAGAGCCUUACUAGAAAUGAGGACCCCGAAGAAUUUUCAGUCAGUGUAGUUUGUUGCAUUUUGUUUAUACAUGGCAUUUUCUUUAACAGUUUCUCUAACUACUCUUAACACUUUUAAGUAAUCUAUCUGUACUUGAGUAAAUAGUACAAAGAACUGCAUUGCAACCACCUUUUGAUAAAAUCUCUUCUUCAAAACACUAAAUAGUUGGUUUUAAGUGGUGGUUUACUAAAGAGGAUAUGCUGUAUCUUAUAACUGGAAUUGUGAGGCCUUAGCUUUGACUUCUGUUCUGGAGAAGUUGGAGUAUUCUUUUAUAUAAUCUGAGACAUUUAUUUUAUGUCCUGAUUUGAAAACUGGUUAGUGUCUGUAUUUACUGACUUCUUCUGAAACUGAUGGGAAAUCCUCCUACACUUGAGACUCAUAAAUUCCUACUUAAUGCACUCUGUCUCGGUUUAAGAUAAAUGUUUUUCUGUAUGUUCUGAGAAGAGCAUUUAUAUAUGUCAAUAUUCUAUAAUAUUGUACACAAAGAAUGUACUGCUCAUUAGGGCUUAUACCACUUCUCUCAGUUUCCUUUCCUGCUCUUUCUUUCUUACUUUUUUUUUUUUUAAAGUACAAGUCUCCUUUAGGCUUCUAUUUUUCUGACCAAAUUUGUAUUAGGAUAUUUGUCUGUUCUUGGACAAUUCACUUAGCCAUGUAGUGUAAUUUAAAUAUAGUAUUCAAAAUUGUCCAAGAUUUAUAUCUGGAGGCAUAUAAGAUUAAGGAUAGCAUAAGGGAAAUAUGUUCAGCUUUUGGGUGGUGAUAUAACUUAAUUAAACAUUGAGACCUGAUCCUCAGAUGUUCUGUAUAUUUUAACUGUAAUAAGAUGCACAAGGUCUGUACCUUUUGUUAAACUAUAUAAAAAUUUGGUCCAAUAGCAUAAUUCAUCAUUUAUAUGCCAUGUGCUGCUGAAUUAGCUACAAUUUUAGUAUUCUGGAAUAUUGUAGUGAUUCAGGCACUGAUCUUAUCUUAAUCUCCUCUGUCAAGUGCCCUAGCUUGUAACAGUUCCUUAAUCAAGCAAUGAAAGAUUUUGUGGAUAGGAAUUAUUAAUUUUCUACAGUUUUAAGGUGUGUCUUAUUCACUUACGUGAUUGUUUCAGCAUCCUGGCCAUUAUUUCAACAAAUUAAACUUGCUUAUGUAUUUUAUCUCUCUGAUAGGAAUUGGAAAUGCAAGUAACUUGAUGUCCAAUUACUUAUUCAACCUGGUUUAAAAAUGAGGGCUUGAUGUAUAAAUUGGCAAAGAUUUCUCACACUGGAAAAUAAUUUCCUUUCAGUUUACUAUGUUUGAAACUUUUUGGAAAACGUUAAAAUUUUAUUUUUUAAAUACAUAAAUAUAUUUAAUAACUUCCAGGAGGUACAGUUUGUAUACAGAGAAAACUCAUAAUGCAUUACAUCCUUUCUGACCAUAGAUUGUGCUUACCUGCCUUUGUCUAAAUGCACUCCUUACUGGAAUACCUGUGAAGAUAUUUGAGUAGUACGUUAACUCUGUAGGAAUUGGCUACGUUGGGGAAUCUGAGCUUCCACAGAAUGCCCACUCUGCUUUUUGGUCUUGUGAUUGCAAACUGGAAAACAUGUUUUCAUUUCACCCAAAAAAACCCUUUUCACCGAAGCAGUAAUUUUUGCCUGGAAGAUGAAAGAAGUGCAUCAUACUGUUGGCUAGCAAGCUGAGUGCACACCUAUACAACGUUGCACAAGUGUAAAGGUGCUGUUAUGAAAUUUAGGUUACUGGGUUAAUGUGUUAGUGGAUUGGAGUGAAGGUUUCAGAAAUCCCAGUCUCCAGAAACCUAGCACUGCAAAAAGCUUUGGCUAUUUAUGUGAUACAAGGAAAAGAAAAUCACUGAACUGAUAGUGGUGAGAAGCCCUGCACUAUAUUUAUUACUGUCUGGAUUUAAAUUCUUGACUUACCAUGUUCGGUCUCAGUUUAUAUAUGUAAAGCAGAUCUUACGAGACUGAACACUAAGCAAAGAACCUCAUACUUAAGUGUAUGUGUGUACAGGUGUAUGUAUAUACAUAUAUAUAUACUUAUGUAUGUGUAUAUAUAUAUCUAUGUAAACAUAACUGUGGGGAACUUAAAAUAAAUAAAAUAAUUAAUGUAAUUCUUCCAGUCUGUUCCUUUCAUUAUGCCAGUGUUUCCUUGAUGCAGGCUGUUCUGAGACAGUAAGUUAGCUACGGACUGGUAUCAGAAGGAAACUUUAUUUUUCAGAUUGGGUUCUCUGGGAAUUCUUGUUAGCUAAAUGAAAAAAUAUUAGCUGUGAGAGAAAUUAAAAAUUUGAAAUAGGAAGAGGAACCGGUGGCUGGAUGGUUUCAGUUGACAUGUUCCCACUUCUCUGCAUUGCUCCAGCAGUAUGCCUGAGGCAACCAGAAGAUACAUUCCAAAAAUCAGGGUUUUCUAUUUUGCACAGUAGCAUACCUUUUUUCUUCUAUAUCAAAACCAUCUGAUUUUAGUUUUGCUGAUCUUUUUGUGCAACAAAAGUAAUUUUUGGUUCACUUCAGAACUAUUUUUUUUUUACGUGAGGCAAUAUUCAUCUGCUUUUACAGAUUUUCUCCGUUGUCUUGUCUACUGUGUCAGUGAUACUGUUGGCUGAUUUGGAAUCAAUCUCUGAUCUCAGGGAUUGUGGUAUUAUCUUAAUGCCCUUCUGAUCUACAGUUACACAGAAAAAAAAAAUGUUUUUGAAGCAAAAUGAUGAGUUAAACUCUUUGUCUUAGUUCUGUGUGUUUGUUUUUUGUAAACAUUUCUUCCUGCCUCUCAGUGUAGCUGUUCAUUGUAGUUGAGAUCUUCUCCAUGAAACACUCCAGAAUUAAAAGGAGAGAAAGAGAAUCACCAUGCUAGGCUACGUUCCUGACUAGCUGACCAGUAAUACGAAUUUUCUAGAGAAUGCUACUCAAGGUCUUUCACCCACUGAUGAGACUGGUUUCCUUUUUGUAGUAGAAGCCUGUUUUUGUUUGUUUUUUUUUUCCCAAAAAUAUUUUUAAAGUAUUUAAAUGACCUUCUAAUACUGUACUGAAAAUUUAAAUAAAUAAAUAUAUUCCAUGUUGAAAUCUCA